AAACAUUAUAAGCACAGCGUCAGUGUCAAUUGAUUUCAAAAUUUCAUGUACCUGUUUGGCAUUUCUACAGCUAAAUUUGUGUUUCCUUAUCAAAAUUCAUCCAUGUUAUUAUUGUGUAAUGGCCUGUGUCAUAUGUGAGUGUGGAAUAUAUGAAUUUGAAGAUGUGAUAACGCUGAAAAAGCUGUGGUAAAAGUACAGCCUACACCUUCAACUACUGUGCUUUCUACCACAGUAGUUAGGGGUCAGCAGAAUCAGGCUAUCAGGGCAAAUGCACUGCGAGAGCAUGCCAAGAGUAGCCAGCUCAUCGCCAAGCUUGAGCUGUAAGGAAGACAGCUGCUGUCGAGCGUGUCAGCCAAGAGAUUGCUGUAAGAAGUACGAUAUUUACUGUUUUCUGCCUAGCAACAAGACCAUGCUGAGGAGUAGCCAAAAAGCAUGAAACAGCUGCCUAAGGCUGUCUUUGGUCGGACGGACGGAAGCAGUGCACGUUUACUAAAUAGGAGCGACUCAGAAUACGACCCUAAGGAGUAAAUAGGUAUCUUACCCUGUUAUAGACAUUAGAGACCAUAUAAUACGCAACAUCAUCGCGCAAAAGAUCUUUGGUACCUAAGUUAAACAGCUGAACUGAUUAAAAAAUAUAAUUUAGUUGAACUGCUUUAGGUCAACUGUAUGAGACCUGUACGAUCUUGCUGUUACAUACCAAUUGGCGAUGACACAAGAAAAUGUUGUCCUAUGCCAAGAGAAGUAGCAAAUUACUGUAACCGAAAUCAUAAGAAAAAUACCAGCUGUAGCCAGCCAAGUUGUGAUAACCCGUGCUGUAGCAGUUGCUGUUCACCCAGAAGUUGUAGAGUUCGUCCAAUGCCUUAUCGCAGAUCUCGUUCUUCUCAACCUUGCUCUCCAUGUCCUCCCAGAUCGCAGUGCUGUUCUAGAAGACAGAAAUGCUCCCCACCUCAGUGCUGCUGUUCCUCCUGCUGUCCAGAACCGCAGCCUUGCACGUGUGAAAGAUGUUAUCCUUCACCAUGUCCUCCUCGCUGCGGUACUCCAUGUCGUUCCCGUUGCCCUCCACGUUGUCCGCCACCAUGUCCUCCACGAUGCCCCCCACGUUGCCCGCCCCCAAGUCUACCGCGUUGUCCACCACCAUGCCUUCGACCUGAGCCUUGCACAUGUUCCACUUGCUGUCCACCACCACCACCCCCUUGCCCGAAGUCCCAGAGAUGUUGCCAGUGUGGCAACUGUUGUCCACAGCACGAGGGUUGCAGUAGACCAUGUCCACCCAGUCGAUCGCAAUCGCCUUGUUGCAAUAGAAGUGCGAGCCCAUGCCCUCCGAAAAGGUGUCCAUAUAAGCCUUGCUUCCCUCCUCCAAGUUGUCCUCCAAAACCUUGCUGCCCUGCUCCGCCAAGGUGUCCUCAAAGGCCUUGCUGCCCUCCAUCCAGUUGCCCUCCGAAGCAAUGGGGUCCUCCAAAGUACUGCCCCCCAAAAGACUGCAGUUCAUGUCCACCACAGAAUUGCAACGGGGAUCCAAGGAGAUUUUGCCGCAAGCCUUCGCCUUGUAACUGCAGACAGUGCCAAAUUAUCGCCACGUGCACUCCGUGUUGCGUCAGGUGUGGAUGUAAGGUUUAUGCGGCUGAAAAAGUAACGCUUUCGAAAGGCGCCUACCACAACAGCUGUUUCUCCUGUUACUGUUGCCAAAGGUGUCUGGAUCUUAAAAGUGUGUAUGAAGCUGAAGGCGAAAUAUACUGUAAACGUUGCUACAAUACAAACUUUGGGGCUGACUACGUAGGUUAUGGAUCAGCACUUCAACCCUGCUGAAAGGUCAACAUUUACAGCAUUCAUAAGAAUACAGUGUGCAUAGCACUGAAAUCCUGUUGUUUUAUUUCGUCAAGAGCUGGAAUUUUUCUUCCAAAUUGACUACAUGCUUAUGUGCUUCAUAAUGCACAUUGAUUCUUUAUCAUGAGUCAUUUCUUGUUUCGUAGAUUAGAAAAUAAAUAGCCUUAUUCCUGCU